AUGCAAUUUUCCAAAAUUCUCACCAUUUUGGCCUUUAACGUUUCCGUUAACGCUUUGCCCGCCGGCGGUUUGCCGGCCAAUUCACAAAACGCUGUUAAAAAAUACCACUGCCCCCCUCGUGGUUUUACCACCAACCAUGGCGAUUUCGCUGUUCGGUUUAACGGGUUUAAUUAUUCAAAUAUUAAAGCCAAUUUUUAUUGUCCAAACUGCAAAUAUACGGGUUAUAAUUGCAACGAUGGGUAA